AGCCAGACCUGUUCCCGUGAAGAAUUCACCUCAGUUGCGAUUCUAGAUUUGACUGUGUAACACCGAAGUGUGCUCCGUUCAUUGAGCAAAAAUGAAGUUGAUUGGUUUGUUGCUGUGUUCGCUAAUGUCGGUGGCGCUUGGAGCUUCUUUACUUGAUGUUUUGGCUCGUGUCCGUCGGGAUAACGCCUCACAAAGCAACCAAGGUCCGGUGAGUUUCGGCUUUCCUGUGUUCAAUUCCGGUGGUCCCUUCCCUACUUUCGGAGGUGGUGGAGUUGGCGGGUGGCCUCAGGUUGGUGGAGGUUUUGGCGGCGGAAACCUGCAAGGCCGAUUCAAUUUUGACGAUUUGCCGAAUGUUGAAGGAGGGCAAGUCACCAGCGGUGUAAGUUGUACGUACUCCAAAGAUGGAAAGCAAAAAUGCACCCACCACCAGCAUCACGAACGCAACAAGAACUAGAAAAGUGAGAGCCGGAGCGAAUGCUGCGUUAAUCUGUACCAAAUCUAUCCCUGUCUGGGUAAUAAACAAAGAAUGAAAUAUAUUGUUUCCCGAAAUAGGCAAACUCUAA